GAAUACUUUUAUUUAACUUACUUUGAGGACAAGCUGGAUUUAAAUGUCGUUUCUCAGUGACUCCUGAGUCCCGGAGUUUGCGCUUACCUGUGGAGCAAAUGUGUCAAGAGGCAAAAGCAACGGUUUCCGCUCGUGCCGUGUUGUGAUGGCUAGCCGCGGUCGCUCCUCGCUAGCAGGGUAGCUAGCUGCUGUAAAUGCCUGGUCGUUGCUGCAAAGACGGCGAUAAUUAGCUCGCAAGCGGGCUACGCUCACUCGGCUGCUAGUUUUUGUAGACAGUUCGCCAUCUCUUAAGAUUGCUGACAAGGCCGCUAAACGGAUAAUGCGUUGGAUAUUACAGUAAGGAAAAUCACCAGAUGGAAAUGUGUUUAUUCACAGCGGAUUAACGUUACUCAUCAUGCCUUUCGAAAUUAUGGAGUAAUUUUUUUCACAACACCAUGCGCGCCUUCAGAUCAGACCUCCACCACUGCUGCAGAGGUUCCUUACAUUUGGAUUUAACAAGCGGUUUUUGAAGACUAGCAGCCACGACUUUUUUGUCUUCCAAUGUGAUUCCGGUAAAAUAUUAACUAUGUAUCCAAGCGGGCUGGAUAUGCUCCGAUACUUAUAAACAUUUGCGUGAAUUCGUGCGAGGGAAGCCCAAAGAAGGAGGUCCAGGGCGGGAUAGGUACACAGAAACUACCCGUUCCGAAGAAACAUGGCCUCGGUUUGGAAGAGACUGCAGCGUGUGGGGAAGCAUGCGUCCAAAUUUCAGUUCGUGGCUUCCUAUCAGGAACUGAUGGUGGAAUGCACUAAGAAAUGGCAACCCGACAAACUGGUCGUGGUUUGGACACGCAGGAGUCGACGGAAAUCCUCCAAGUCACACAGCUGGCAGCCCGGCAUCAAAAAUCCCUACAGAGGAGUAGUGGUGUGGCCUGUACCAGAGAACAUUGAGAUCACGGUCACUCUUUUUAAGGUAGGCUACAGCUGGUUAAUGAGCACUGAGACAAGCAUUUCUAUGUUUAAGGUGGACUAGGGUGGUUACUGGGAC